AUGGCGCUGGAGCGGGCGCUGCUGGCGGCGAGGCAGGGCGACGUGGAGGCUCUGCGGGGGCUGCGGGCGGCCGGGCUGCUACGGCCGGGGCUGCGGGACGCCCUGGGCGCCUCCCCCGCACACCAUGCCGCCCGCGCCGGCCGCCUCGCCUGCCUCCGGUACUUGGCGUCCGAGGCCGCACUCCGAGGGGACGCGCGGGCGCGCAACGGGGCCACGCCGGCCCACGACGCCGCCGCCACCGGCAACCUCGCCUGUCUCCAGUGGCUGCUCACGCAGGGGGGCUGCGGAGUGCAGGACACAGACAACUCUGGUGCCACCAUCCUACACCUGGCAGCCCGCUUCGGUCACCACGAGGUGAUUGACUGGCUCCUCCGCUUCGGGGGCAGUGAUCCCACAGCAGCAACCGACACAGGAGCACUGCCCAUCCACUAUGCUGCAGCCAAAGGGGAUUUCCCUUCCCUGCGACUCCUCUUGGGACACUGCCCAAGCACACUGAGUGCCCAGACAAAGACAGGGGCCACCCCACUGUACCUCGCCUGCCAGGAGGGUCACCUGGAAAUCAUUCAGUACCUGGUGCAGGACUGUGGGGCCGACCCCCACACAUGUGCCCAUGACGGCAUGACCCCGCUCCACGCUGCUGCCCAGAUGGGACACAACACUGUCAUCGUCUGGCUGAUGAGCUUCACAUCCGUGAGCCUGUCAGAGCGGGACGCCGAGGGGGCCACAGCCAUGCACUUUGCUGCCAGCCGUGGCCACACCAAGGUGCUGAGCUGGCUGCUGCUGCAUGGUGGCGAGAUCACUGCCGACAGCUGGGGUGGCACACCACUGCAUGAUGCCGCUGAGAAUGGAGAGCUGGAGUGCUGCCAGAUCCUUGUGGUGAAUGGUGCCGACCUCAGCAUCCGUGACCAGGAUGGCUACACAGCUGCUGACCUUGCCGACUACAACGGCCACGUGCACUGCGCCCAGUACCUGCGCACGGUGGAGAAUAUGAGCCUGGAGCACCGUGUGCUGUCGCGAGACCCCUCAGCAGACGGGGAAUACCGACAGCCUGACUCGGGCAUGUCGUCACCCAACACCACGGCAUCAGCACCCCAGGCACGCUUUGAGGUGGGCUCCCCUGCCAGCACCCUCUCCAACUACGACUCCUGCCACUCCAGCCAGGCAGGGGGCACAGGGCUGGCUCCCCCUGACCCCCUCCCCUGUGCAGGGGUGCCCGAGCCAGCGCUGGUGGACAUGCAGGCCUACAUGGACAUGCUGGACCCUGAGACACGGCCGCGGGGCCGGGGGCCAGCAGGCGAGAGGCACCCCCUACCUCCACCCCCUGCCUUCCCACCACCUCCACCACCCCCUGCCAGUCGGCCGCCCCCACCACCCCCUGACUACCCUGCACCCAUCCCCCCUGCUGCCCCCCACACCGCUGACAUCUACGUGCGGGCCAAGAACAACCUGAGGCACGUGGAGCGCCAAGCACUGCGCCAAGAGGUAUGGCCCUGUAGCAGCCCCGAGGGCCUGCGCCGGGCCGACUCCACCCGGCGCUCCAGGACAUUCGGCAAGCAGCCGAGCACCGGCGACUACUACAAACACCUGGGGCACGGCACAGGCGAGCAGCCCAACUCCCGGCGGAUGGCCCACAGCGAGGAGGCAUCGCCCAUCUCAGCGGACACCAUGCGCAACGGGGAAAACAAACCUGGCACUGAGCUGCCACCACCACCACCACCCCCGCCACUGCCCGAGGCUGCCUGCCCACCGCCCCCACCACCCCCACCGCCAGCCGAGACUGCCACCGGACCCCGCCGCUCCUCCUCCUCCACGGGAAGAGGAAAGGCGCUCAGGCAGAUGAAGAGCACCAAGUCCUUCAACAUGAUGUCCCCCACCGGUGACAACUCGGAGCUGCUGGCCGAGAUCAAGGCUGGGAAGAGCCUCAAGCCGACGCCACAGAGCAAAGGCUUCACCACCAUCUUCUCCGGCAGCGGCCAGGCAGGGGCCAACGCAGAGUCGCCGGUGUCCUCCCCGUCACCCACCAGGACGCCCACUCCACCGGCCAGCCCCGAGGCUACUGGGCCGCCACGCUGCCUGGCCGGGGGCUCGCCGGAGCCGGUGCUGAACGGGAGUUCGCCGGUGCCGGCGGCGGGUGUCGGGACGGUGGCGGAGGCGGAGGCGCUGGUGCCGAGCCACGACGAGCAGGGCCGGCCCAUCCCCGAUUGGAAGCGGCAGGUGAUGGUGCGCAAGCUGCAGCUCCGCAUGCAGGAGGAAGAGGAGCAGCGGCGCAAGGAGAAGGAAGAGGAGGCACGCCUGGCCAGCAUGCCGGCCUGGAGGAGAGACAUCCUGCGCAAGAAGCUGGAGGAGGAGAGGGAACAAAAACGGAAAGAGCAGGAGAAGCUGAAGCGGGAGGAGGAGGAGAAGGAGAAGGCGCAGUCAGAAAAGCUAAGGACUCUCGGGUACGAUGAGACAAAGCUGGCGCCCUGGCAGCGGCAGAUCAUCCUCAAGAAGGGGGACAUAGCCAAGCACUAGCCACACCUCACCACGCCCUGGCUCUUCGUGGUGGAAGGAGGCUGGCAGGUCCCGCCACGCACCGGGACACGCCUCGGCACCCUCCUCCCGCUGCGGACAGCCACGUAGCCCAACCCAGAGGAGCCCCCACCGCCGCCCCAGGCACCCAUAGCCCCCGUCCCGCUGCCGCCAGCCCACCACCACCCUGUGCUGCCCUUGGCAAAGCGAGCUGCCGCGGCAUAGGGCACCUGGCUCCUCACUUGCCGCACUGCCUGGCUCCCCGUGCUCCCCGCUGGCACCUCUCGCCAUUGCGGCCCCUCCCACCCCUGGAGCUGCUGGAGGCUGGCUCC